AUGCAGCUCAAGAAGACCAUCGGUUAUUUCUGUGGGGUUAACUUCAUCAUCAAUGUAAUUGUUGGUUCUGGGAUUUUUAUUUCUCCUUCUGGAGUGUUGGAAUUGUCUUGUCUCAAUGCUGGUGUGGCGCUGAUCAUAUGGGCCACGUGUGGAGCUCUCUCCUUGGUCGGUGGCCUCUGUUACGCAGAGCUGGGUACUUCGGUGGUGUGUUCGGGUGGAGAAUACUGCUACGUCAAGCGAGGUCUGGGCUCCGUCGUGGCCUGCCUGCUGCUUUGGGUUCAUGCCAUUUUUAUCUUACCAGCUGGAUCCUCAAUCGUAGCCCUCACCUUCUCCGAAUACGCCAGUCAGCCGUUUUAUUCCGACUGCACUGCUCCAGACUUGGUGAAGAAAAUAGUUGCUGUGGCCGUUAUACUUUGCGUGGCCGUGCUCAACUCCCUGAGCAUCAGAUAUUCCCUGCGCCUACAGAAUGUUUUCACUAUUCUCAAGUUACUCGCCUUGGGCGUCAUAUCCAUCGUCGGAUUGGUUUUCAUUGCCCAGGGGAACAUUAAGAAUCUGAAAAUGACAUUCAGCGGAGAGAUACCCACCGUGUCAGACAUUGGAAAGGCCUUCUACCAAGGACUCUGGGCAUAUGGAGGAUGGAACACGUUAAAUUAUGUCGAAGAUGAGGUAAAGAACACCAGCAAGAAUGUGCCUCGUUGCAUCAUAACAGCGGUGCCUCUUGUGAUUGUCUUCUACUUGCUAGUGAAUAUCUCCUACAUGGCCGUGCUGAACCCAAAAGAGAUGAUCUCUUCAGCUGCAGUGGCUGUCACAUGGGCCAACAAAACAAUUGGCCCUUUCUCCUGGAUCAUUCCUCUUUCUGUUGCCAUUUCUACCUUCGGCUCCAUCAACGGUUCUAUGUUCCUCCAAGCCCGGCUCAAUUACGCCGCUAGCAAAGAGGGACAUUUGCCAGCCAUCUUGUCUAUGCUGCACGUCAACUAUUUAACACCCGCUCCGGCCAUUAUCUUUUCUAGCAUCCUGUCCAUCAUUUUUAUUAUUCCUUCAAAUUUGACCUUGCUGAUGAUCUACAGCGGGUUUGCCUCUUGGCUCAUGGUGGGACUCACUUGUAUAAGUUUGAUUGUUCUCCGGUUCAGGGAGCCCAACCUCCACAGGCCUUAUAAGGUCUUUCUACCGUUUGCAUUUGUGAUGACAGCUGCCAGUUUCUUCCUCGUCCUUUCCCCAAUUAUCCAGGAACCCGAAGUGGAAUAUAUCUACGGUGUGCUGCUCAUGCUGUCGGGAUUCAUGUUCUACAUACCAUUUGUGCAUUUCAAACUCAAAUUUCGUAUCUUUGACCGGAUCACGUGUUUUAUUCAGUUGCUCAUGGAGGUCUCCCCACCAGCUUCAACCAGUGAAUCCAAAACCCACUAAAUUUUUAAUUCAGGAGUCACUGUAACAUUUUGACUCUGAUUGAUUAAUGAAACCAGUAAUAAUGCAUAAAACACA